UAGGAGCCUGCUUCUUUCACCUACCUGGAAAAAUUUGUUGAGGAUUUUUCGAAAAGUUUCAAUGACUAAUAACCUGCUGAGAAUGCAUAUGAUCAUGUGAGAGUUAAGUGACAGGAAUCUGUAUCCCAAACUGCAAAAGACUGCCCCAUUCAUUGAGAUGCUACUAAGCACGAUUCAAUCAAAGCCAACAACACGAACAUUCAAAAUUUUCCAAAGCCUACAGGGAUGCCACAAAGGUCAUACUGUUGAAGGGCUUUGUGAGCUCAAACAGUAUUUCAAGAAACUAGGUUACUUGAAUUACGAUCAUGCGAGCAACAAUGCUUACAAACAUGGGAAUGAUAAUGAGUUCGAUGACCAUUUGGAGUCUGCUAUCAAAGCAUACCAGGUGAAUUAUAAAUUGAAUGCCACAGGCAACCUAGAUGCUGACACUGUGAAACAAAUGAUGAAGUCAAGAUGUGGCAUUGCAGAUGUGAUGAAUAGCAAUAACUCCAGGUCCAUCUACGGUAUUGGUGCCUCUCGUUAUGAAUUCUUUCUUGGAAAUCCGAAAUGGCCACUCUCAAAGACCCAUCUUACCUACAACUUUCGUUCCAGUGUCGAAGUCCCUCUAGCAGAAAACGUAAGGUCCGUUUGUGUGCGAGCUUUCCAAAGAUGGGCAAAUGUGAGCCGUUUUACUUUUGAGGAAGUAGCAGAAUACUACGUUGCUGAUAUUGAAAUUGGCUUCCACAGUGGUGAGCAUGGAGAUGGCAACCCCUUCGAUGGUCCUCAAGGGACUUUGGCCCAUGCCAGUCCACCAACUGAUGGAAAGUUGCACUAUGAUGCAGAUGAAGAUUGGAGCACCAACCCUGGUCCUGAUGAGGUUGACUUGGAGUCUGUGACAGUUCAUGAAAUCGGACACCUUCUCGGGCUUCAACACAGCUUGGUCCCUGAAGCAGUUAUGUAUGCAUAUUUUGACUCUGGAAUGAUAAAGAGGAAGUUGCACAUGGAUGAUGUUCACGGCAUUCGUGCCUUAUAUGGCUUAUUAUGAUAGGAAAACACUACACUGAUAAGAGAAAUUAUAUAUGAAUGUAUGUCAUCUCUAUUAUCUUAGCUCAGUCCCUAUUUCCCACGUUUUUCUGUUUAAUCAGAAACUAUUUGUAAGGAUCAAUUUGGUUA